CUGACUUGCUGCCAUCUGCCGCUGUGUGACACUGUCUGCCCCCUUGCAGAGCUCCAUCCCAUCACACCAAGAUGUCUUGCUACGACCUGUGCCCACCAAAAACCAGCGUUGCCGUGCCCCAGCCCAUCGCUGAGAGCUGCAACGAGCUGUGCGCGCGCCAGUGCCCCGACUCAACGGCCUUCAUCCAGCCACCGCCCGUCGUCGUCACCUUCCCCGGCCCCAUCCUCAGCUCCUUCCCCCAGCAAGCCGUGGUGGGCUCCUCCGGAGCACCUGCCUUUGGGGGCUCCCUGGGGCUGGGGGGCCUCUACGGCGCCGGGGCCACUCAGGGCUCGGGGGGCCUCUGCACCUUUGGCAGACCCUACGCUUCUCCUGCCUGCAGCCCCUGCCCCUUGCCCCUCUACAGCAGGAAGCUGUGGAACACCUGUGGGCCCUGCUAAACUCAGGCCCUGCCUGCUCCCAGCAUCACCUUCGUCCUCACAUGCCUGAACUCCUGGGCCUGGAGUGUUGAGGAGUGCUGAGCAUCUCCAGCUAUGGCAGAGACCUGAGCAGAUGGUAGUGCUGGCACCUUUGCAUGCUUUGCCCAGUUCUCCUGCCCAUUCCUCUUCUUCCAUGGACUUCAACAUGAACCUGGCUGGGCUUUUCUCCUCUAUCCCCGUCUCCUUAUGUUCUGGGAACAAUAAAGUUUUCCUGCAUUCGCAAAUGCCUUCUCCCUCUCUUUGUUGUUCUUUCAAAUAAGUACCAGGUGCUUUUGUGACAGCUGAGGUUGAGUAAAUCCUGCUGAUAAGGAUCCCAGGUUUUCCUUCGUACUGUGGGUGUGCUUAAAGUAGAUAUGGCAGAGGGGUCCUUUUGGUGGGGCUUUGGGAGCUGUGGAAGGAACGGAGAGGAGGACGGUGCUGACCACACUCCCUUGCCCAUCCUCCUCAGCUGUGCAGUGGGACCGCUCUGCCAAGUCGUGCUG